UUAACAUGAUGAACAAGCAUGAUAAAGUAUACAUCAGAAAUGGUCUUUAAUACUAACAUUGUAGAGGAAUUCAAGAAUACUUCUUCAAUCCAUGGACUGUCAAGAUUUGGAGGACCAGAAUUAUACUCUAGACGCAAGCUCAUAUGGAUUAUUUUGGUCUUGGCGGCAGCCUCUGGACUUUUUAUAUUUGUAAUAUUAGAAUUUAUCCACCUUUCACACAAUCCUUCCAUUACAAGUUUUACCACAUCUAUUCAAGAAACCAUUGACUUCCCCGCAGUAACUGUGUGUAACUUAAACCAAGUAAAAAGUUCAGUGUUAGAUUGUUUUACAGAAGAGGAUAAGUUGGAAGCUUCAAAGACAUUCUACGCUCUCAGUGAAUUGUCAAUUAUUUUAGAACAUUUUGGGAUAAGGUCGACACAAAACCCGAUCCCAGGGGAUGUAUUGUAUAGCUGUGCACGAAAUCAUUCUCAUCAAAUUGAAGACAUGAUAAGAUAUUGUCAUUUCAAACAAGAGCUUAUUGACUGUAAAGAUAUCUUUACUCCAAUAAUGACAGAACUUGGUGUGUGUUAUACAUUCAAUAAAGAUGCAAAGACGGUUGCAGAGUCUGUUGGGGAAACGUCCGGUUUGAGAUUCUUUGUUAAUAUUCAACAAGACUUAUAUUUCUUUUCUUCAACUAUACAAGCUGGUGUAAAGGUUGUACUUCAUGAUCCAUCAGAAGAACCACUGCCAUCGUUGAGAGGAUUCCUGGUUGGCCCUGGCUUAUCUGCGGGAUGUUCUAUAAGGAAAACCAAGGUGAUUACACUUCCAAGUCCAUAUGGUAGUUGCAGAGAGGUUUCAGAUAAAUUAUCAGGAGUGGGUACAUAUUCAGAGCUGACGUGUUUCAAACAUUGUUUAGACGACUAUCUCGUACAAAAAUGUGGUUGCAGACAUUUAUUUUCAAAUGGUAAAGCAGAGUUUUGUGACAGUCGACAGCUGAUGGAUUGUUAUGCCGAGUACCAAAAAAACAUAUCAAGGGAUUCAGAUUUCCUACACAAUUGUUCCUGUCCACCAAAAUGCGAGACGAUAAAGUACGAGACUUCACUGUCGUAUGCUGCAUUCACUUCCAACUUCAUAGCUUCGUACUUAUUCAACCAAUCAAUUCUACCAAGUGAAGAUUAUUUAAGUAGAAAUUUCAUAGAUUUGCGUCUCUUUUACAAUUCAAUGAUAGAGGAAGCAACAGAAGAGGUUCCAGAAAAGACAGUUGGUAGUAUUUUAGGAACGGUUGGUGGACAGAUGGGAAUGUUUAUAGGAGCCAGCAUCCUGUCAAUUGUAGAGAUCAUAGAAUUUUUCUGUUUGCUGAUGACAAGAGGAAGUCAAAAGGUUGCCAAUGCAAAAAGAAGAAAAUUGGGAGAAUCGACUGAUCAUAUAGAUGAAACUGAAAAUACUAGUAAAAUGUAACCAACUUUUGAAAAGCGAUUCGGACGAAUAAAAUAUUAUUAAGUGUUA